AGGCAGACGCACGCAAGCAAUCAAAGAAUCCUGCACAUUCCUUACUAGAAUAAGAAUAAGAUUUAAAUGUCUGGCAGGAGGUAAAACGAGUCAUGUUGUUUAAGAGAUCUUGAACUUCGUGUUGCCUCGACUCUGCAUUUAAAAGAAAAGUGAUGCAAUAAUUCGAUUUAAAUUUUCCUCUGAGAAAAAAAAUCUGGGACUAUUGUUAUAUCGCGUGGAUACUUUUUGCUCAAGUUAAGAUGGAUUCGCCCAAGCAAUUACCUCCUUCUUCAACGAUUUGAAUGCAAACGAGUAAACACGAACGAUCUCUGAUUGGUAUGAGAUGUUGUUAGCCUCGGCCGUGGUCGUCUGGGAAUGGCUGAACGAGCACGGGCGCUGGCGACCCUACAGCCCAGCGGUGUCCCAUCAUAUCGAGGCGGUGAUCCGCAGCGACCCUCGCGGCUCCGGGAGCGUGGUGCUGGGCCAAGUCGACUCGCGUCUAUCGCCGUACAUCAUUGACCUGCAGUCUAUGCACCAGUUUCGGCAAGAUACCGGUACUCUAAGACCCGUGCGGCGAAGUUUCUAUGACCCGCGGACGGCUCCGGGUCAGGGUUGGGUUUGGGAAUGGGAGAAUGACUCUGGCUCAUGGACGCCGUAUGACACAGAGGUGAGCAUCGCCAUCCAGGCGGCUCGGGACCGGCAGCAGCCCUGGCUGGACUUAACGCCACUGGGCUUCUGCUACCUUAUAGACCUGCAGACUAUGACGCAGAUCAACGGACAGACGCAGCGGCGCCGGCGCAUCCAGAGGCGCUCAGAUCUGGCCUACCCACUUGUCUCGGGCCCGCUGCCUAAACCGCACGCGUGGUCAUCCGCUGGAAGUGGUGGACUCUUGGGGGUGGGCGUAUCGGGGGUAAGUGGAGGGAAUGGUAGUGCCUAUCCCAGCGGAGCUCUUCCAGCUUCUGCUAUUACUUCACUGGGUCAACCAUGUUCCUGCCAGCAGUGUAUGCUAGUCUUAGGCGUCAAGACCCCUAGCAUGGCACUAACUCUCGGGCGGAAGCCCCCACCCGUACCUAAGCCGCCGAGCCCAAAAGCGCCAUCAAGAGGACACUCUUACUCGCUUACCCUGCCUCACCCUCCUUCCCUUUCCCGAGUCCUCUCGCCACAUAGGAACUCCACCUCAGGUGCUAGUGGGGGCUUCGCACACUCCCUCUCCCUGCUAGGCUCAGCCACUGCCGCCCUGUCUAUAUCCUCCAACCGUCCUCCUCCACCUGCUGUACCGCCACCCCCGCCUCCUUCAACCACACCCUACACGACCUCCUCACCCAACCCUACAGUACCUACACCCUCCAACGCCCUUAUAUCUACGGCAACCACCUGCGCUCCCACGCCCUCUGCUCGUGUUCUGGGUCCCGUGUCGACAGCAUCAGCAGCUUGUGCCGCCCCGGUGCCGCCUCGCAGCAGUCUGGCUGGCCUAAGCCGUCCCGCCCUGCAGAGAAUCGCUAUGGCACAGUCACGGGCACUCAUUGCAUCAGGAGUCCCCACGGUCCCAGUGAAGAACUUAAAUGGAUCCAGUCCUGUCCAUCCAGCUUUGGCAGGUAUCACUGGAAUUCUGAUGAGCGCCGCUGGACUCCCGGUCUGCUUGACCCGCCCACCCAAACUUGUGCUCCACCCCCCACCUGUCAGCAAGAGUGACAUCAAACCUGUGCCAGGCCUUGGUCACUGCUGCCGGAAAACCACAAAGAAGCAGGCCCGCAAAGGUAGAACUUCAGAAGAAGUUGUUAGAAGAUAUCUCCAGAAAGUCCGCAGCCCACCUGAAGAGGAUUGUACUAUCUGUAUGGAGUCUCUCUGUGGCCCGUCUGGUUAUAAAGGCCCAGGUGUCGGGGGCAUUUCUCGGGCCGAGGCAGUGGGUCGUCUGUCUCAGUGUGGACAUCAGUACCACCUGCAGUGCCUGGUGGCCAUGUACAACAACGGCAACAAAGACGGCAGCCUUCAGUGUCCCACCUGCAAGACCAUCUACGGCGUUAAAACCGGCAACCAGCCACCAGGAAAGAUGGAAUACCACGUCAUUCCUCACUCCCUUCCUGGACACCCUGACUGCAAGACCAUCCGGAUUAUCUACAACAUACCCCCUGGCAUUCAGGGUCCAGAGCAUCCCAACCCCGGGAAGCCCUUCACAGCCCGUGGAUUUCCAAGACACUGCUACCUCCCUGACAGUGAAAAAGGCCGCCUGGUGUUGAAGCUGUUGCUGGUUGCUUGGGACCGCCGGCUGAUCUUCUCAGUGGGCACGUCCAGCACUACGGGCGAGACUGAUACGGUCAUCUGGAACGAGGUGCAUCACAAAACCGAGUUCGGCUCCAACCUGACCGGCCACGGUUACCCAGACUCCGGUCACCUUGACAACGUCCUGGAAGAGCUGAGGGCGCAAGGCAUCACUGAGGAUGAGUGUCUGAGAGACUGAACAUUUAAGUCGGAAGACAAAGACUGAAUGUUUUUUCUUUUUGUGUGUGUGUGUGUGUUAGUGUUGCCAAAUCCGAAUUCAAUUCCCAGCUCUUGUUUCUCAGAAAACCUGAGACACCUUCAAAAUAAAA